AUGGAACGUCGAGCGCAGUCCCGCGCGAUUCGACGGCGGGUCAACGCUCUGCUCUAUGUGAGCCAAAGAAUAGGGCCUGAGUUGCUCCCCUACCUCCUCCACAAUCCUCACCUCAACCUCCGAGUCAUUUCGGAAGUCUCCAAAUCCGACUUUCAACAACACAUGGCCUCGGGCGUCAGCCUGGACCACGUCGACUGGAUAGAGAACAAGCCCCAAGAUCCGCACCGCAAUGAAGUCAUGAUGUUGGGCCACCGGCUGGCCCGAUGGGCCGAUUUCAUGUUCCUGGCCAUCGAUGCCGGGAUGAUUUGCUUAAUGUUGAGUGGCUUCACUACCGACGUCCUCCUCCAUGUUUUGAGGUGCUGGGAUGUGUCAAAGCGAAUUGACCUGUUACCCGAGUUGAGCAGAGAUCAAUUCAGACACCCCAUCUGGAACAGGCAGUUGUCGGAACUGCGGCGGAAGUGGGACUGGGUCCGUGUUCUGUCUCCUGCCAUUUUCGACUACUUGGAGGAUCCUGCGCUGUCGGAAACAAUUUCUGUCGAGACAGACCAUAACCCAGUAUUCCGAUGGCAAUGGGCUGGUCCCACAGAGAUGAUCGAGGCAAUUGAGAGUGAAGCGCAGUCAGUUCUGCGGACGGCUCAUCUCAAGACAAACCCAUCGAUCCCAGACUUCCCGCUCUCCAAAACCACGUCUUCCAAACCCCGGCUGCCCAACGAGAUCUGGACCAUCAUUCUGGACCACCUCGCCGACUGGGAACUCGCCACCGCGCUGGGAAUCUACACACACCUCCCAGUGCCGCACGAAUGGGAGCCGCUUGUCCCCAAGCCAGGCUCGUCCAAGUCUGUCUCGCUUGAAUACACCAUCCUCACCAAACCUGUGCCCCAAGUCCAAAAAUACUUCACCACAAACACCGCCUCCAACCCUCCAACCACCUUGUCCCUGAUCGCGACAAGGCUCAUCUUCCGCUUCUCCAUGACCGACCUGCUCACGUACUUGGCUCUCCAUCAAAAGGACAUCUUCUGGACCUCCUUUGGCGUGGCCCUUCUCCCGCACAAGGCAUCCUUGAUCUACAAUUCCCCCACCAUCUUGCAAUGGUGGAAGGAUUGUCCCGCCGUUAUCAAGAAGGAAUACGGACCUGAGGCCUUGGACGGGGCCUCCCGCGCCGGCUUCGUGGAGGUAUUGGAUUGGUGGCUCAAUUCGGGCUUGAAACUCACAUACACGGAAAAGGCCUUGGAAUCGGCGAGUGCCAAAGGCCACGUAGAGGUGCUCGAAUGGUGGAAGGAGAACUCCCAGAAAAUGGCAGGCACAGAUCGCGAGAUGCCGCUAAAAGUCGGCAAGAGCAUCCUGUUGGCGGCGCAGAGCGGUCGGACGAACUCGAUCGAGUGGUGGGAAACCUCGGGCAUUCCGUACGCGCACGAAGACGGCGUCGCCCGACUUGCGUCUCAACACGGCCACGUCCCCGUGCUGGAGAUGUGGCACCGCUUCAAGGGGAGCAAGAUGAUUUUCGACAACCAGGUCCUCGUCGGGGCCACGAAGAACGGCCACGCUGGCGUCCUGCAGUGGUGGAAGGACGUUAGUCGCAAGACCGGCCUGAGAGUCGAGUACAAGACGUGCGACAUCGAGGAGGCCAUGGAGGACGCCGUCGGCGGCGGCGGCGAAGGCGAGGUCCGAGAAUGGUGGGCGCUCAACGGCUUGAACCUUGGAGUCGGCACAGGCGAAUGGAUGAGGGUCAAGACGCUGUAA